CGGAGUUGUCCAUUAGGAGUGAUGUUAUUCUUCAGCUCAAAUCAAUGUUAAAUCAAUGCUAAUACAGGCAUCAUUGUAAAUAUCCUGAAAUACAAAUGUAAUGUAAUAUGAUGUGAGGUUUGAGUGAUGUUUUAUUGAAGCAACCACGCAGCCACACUGUAUUUAUAUGUGCCUAUAAAAGACAAAGAUAAUGGAAAAUAAUAUAUUAUGUACCGACCUCAUAGAUUUCACUUUAAUGUUACGUAUUAAAAAGCAACUUAGAUAAAUUAAUUUACGUGUUUUCUACAUAAAUUGCGAUAGUAAAAAAAACUUAAUUAUUAUUUGCAUGAACUAGUUAUUUCUCGGCCCAGUCUCACCAACAUCACAAUGAAAUUGGUAUUAGCGUGUACAGCGGUGGUAUUGCUGCUGUCCGCGGUAGAACUGGCGCGACCAAUGCGGCGUCGGAAGAAUUCCAUCGCCCAGAUAUACAGAGCCGCUAAUAUCACUCCCGUACCAGAACAGAUACUCCAAGUAAACUUCGGAGGAAUAAAAGUGACUCCAGGUCUUGAAGUAGCCCCUGAGGAUGCAGUUGAUCUGCCCACUAUUGGAUUUGACUUCAUCCCUGGCUGCUAUUACACGUUUUUGGCAUAUAACAGCAACUACUCAAUCUCUUUUUUGAGUCCGUCCAUAGUAGGGUUGUAUGUCAACCUUAAUGGCGAUAUGUUAGCGGACUCUUCCGCAAUAGCAACUUGGCUUGGACCGAGCCCUAGUCCUGGCACUGGGAUAAACCGUUACAUACUGAAUGUGUAUAAACAAAGUGGAUUGAUUGAUACCACUGAUGAACAACUCCUCAGCUACCAAAUCGACCGCCUGCGCUUCCCGAUUGAUGAUUUCGUGGCGACCUACGGCCUUUCCGGCCCCGUCGCCGGAACCUUCUUCCUUUCGCAAUAUCCUGUAUUCGCAUCCGAAGAUUGUCUUUGA